AUGAGACUUCCCAGCCGUCUACUCGGCACAGCAGGCCGUCAUAGCGCUGCUGCUCGCAGCUACGUGCUGGCUGGACGGGAGAAGAGCACGCUGUCGUACCGAGUGUUUGAAGACACCAGUGGCAGCAAGAAAGCGACAAAGACUGCGCUGGUAAUGCAUGGCAUUCUAGGGAACAAGCUAAACUGGCGCACAUUUGCGCUGAAGUUGACGAAGAAGAAUCCAGACUGGCGUUUCAUUGUCGUGGACCUGCGCGGACACGGAGACUCGCCUUCGUUCACGAAGCCUCACAAUUUGGAGGCAUGCGCCGAAGACGUGAUUAAAUUGACUGAUAGCCUGAAAGUGCAGCCCACGGCCGUGUUGGGACACUCAUUUGGCGGGAAGGUGGCGCUCAUGUAUCUACAGCAGUGUAUGCAUCAAGACCGCUCGCCACCUAGCCAAGUCUGGGCUCUGGAUUCACUACCUGGAACAGGUGCAACGGACUACGCGAGUCGUGACCUCACUAGCUCGAUCGAAACGAUUCUGCCAGUAGUGAAGAAAAUCCCGCUGCCCAUCCGCUCAAAGGUGCAACUUGUGGAGGAUUUGCGGGGCUAUGGAAUUGCGCUGGGUGUAGCGCAAUGGCUCACCACAAACUUGCGCCUAACUAGCAAGAGCCCGGAGCAUUACGAGUGGAGAAUGGAUGUGGACGUCAUCGAGGAGCUCUUUCGCUCUUUCUUAAGAACGGAUCUCUGGCCCAUCGUGGAGUACCCACCUGCAACGAGAGGCAAAGAUGUGGAGCUUCACUUUGUGCAUGCCUCAAAGAACAAAAUGUGGACUGCCGAAAUAUUGGACCGACUGGAGGCGCUGCAGGAGAGUCAGGUCUACCACCACUUGCUCGAAAAAUCUGGUCACUGGGUGCACAUUGACAACCCCAUUGGUCUGAUGGAGAUCGUACAAAAUCACAUGCUCAGCAGCGAAUAA